CUAUUCCUUGUAGUUCCUUCGCGGCGCUCGACUAUCUCCUUGUUGGACCAGGAAAAGUCCUUUUCUACGAGCCCAAUCGAUCGGCUGAUUCCGUCUCAUCGAGCCCUUAUCACUGUACUUUGUUUGCUUUCUACCUCACCAGGCCAGUCGGAGUAUACCUAGUCGCAACAUCCCCCAUCUCGACUUUACGCCCAAGAUCGUAUACAAUGUCCGAAUUCAAGUACACCGGUGAGGAAGUGACCGUUGAGCUGGUCUUUAAUGUGGCCCGACUCCUCGAGGCGAAUGGGAUUCCCUGCAUCCUCAUCAACGACUGCAUGCACGAUAUCUUUGGAUUUGAUGUAGCCGUCACUGAUAUCGAAUUUGUGAUCCCGGAUGAUCUCAUGGAUAAAGCAGUCGACGUACUGCGGGCGGCAGACUUCGCUGACGACCCCAUUGUCCCUCAGGGCGAACUCAAGUGUCGACCGUUCCGGGCGUUGUGCGAGAGAGCACGCGGCCGCGACAUUACCAGGUUUGAGCCUAUUCACUGGUUCCAUCUUGCUGGCGAGGAUGCCCCCGAUGAAUUCCACCCUGAACUGUGUCUUCACCAGAAGUCCGACUACUUCUGGAACCUGCCCGACCUUGUCCUCGGACCAGUCAAUGAAAACGACCCUCACUUCAUGCUGGCAACUGACCGACGCCUCCCCGGCAUGAUGUACUACGGCCGCCUCAACGUGGACAUUCCUCCCAUCAAAGUGCCGAGACCCGCUCGCUACGUCGAGGCCAUGAUGCUUCUCUGCGCGCGGGAUGCGCACACCAGGGACCGCGGUGCCCAGUGGGCCCUGGAAAUCCAGCUCCUCCGGGAUCUGUACUUUGAUCGUGGCUGUCUCGACGAGCUUCUCCGCAUGGAAUGUUUUUACCCGCAGUUCCAAGUCUGGUGGGAGAAUCUGUGCGAGGAUGACACUAUGCCCGCCAACGAGGAGGGAUAUGUCACUGCGCUCCGUUGGAUGGAAGAGGGCUACUUGCCCGACACCCUCUUUCCGUGGCUGUGCGAAGAGGAGGAUCCUUUUCCAGGCUAUAACUCCCCCCGUGCCGUUAUUACCGAACUCGCCUAGAUGAUCACAUCUCGGCUCCUCGUUUUCUAGUAUGAUCUAGUCAAUCCUAGGAAACAUACAACUUGA